CUGGGUGGUCACGCCUCCCCGAGAGAGGACCCCUCCGUGGUGCGGCCUUGGGACUACAGGGUGUGAUGAGGUCUAGAGCUGCACUUUUAGGGGUCUGGGGUCGUCCCUGAGUGGUGUCCGGAUUGGGGCGAUAGAAGCAUGCUGAGUUUGAGGUCGCUUGGGACAGCGCCAGCUUGCCCUGCGCCAGAUUUGAGAAAGGACGCAUCUACACGUUUAUUGGAGAAGUGGUCGUUUCUGUUAACCCCUACAAGGCGCUGAACAUCUAUGGGAGGGACACAGUUGAACAGUAUAAAGGUCGGGAGCUGUAUGAGAGACCUCCUCAUCUUUUUGCCAUUGCUGACGCUGCUUACAAGGCUAUGAAGAGGCGAUCAAAAGACACCUGUAUUAUGAUAUCAGGGGAAAGUGGAGCUGGUAAAACAGAGGCCAGUAAGUACAUCAUGCAGUAUAUUGCCGCCAUCACCAAUCCCAGCCAGAGAGCAGAGAUAGAAAGGGUGAAGAAUAUGUUGCUGAAGUCAAACUGUGUUUUGGAAGCUUUUGGAAAUGCCAAAACCAAUCGUAAUGACAAUUCAAGCAGGUUUGGGAAAUACAUGGAUAUCAACUUUGACUUCAAGGGAGACCCCAUUGGGGGACAUAUCAAUAACUACUUGCUGGAAAAGUCUCGUGUGAUUGUGCAACAACCAGGAGAAAGAAGCUUCCAUUCUUUCUAUCAGCUGCUCCAGGGAGGUUCUGAGCAGUUGCUGCACUCUCUACAACUGCAGAAAUCCCUUUCAUCCUACAACUACAUCCAUGUGGGGGCACAGCUGAAGUCUUCCAUCAAUGAUGCUGCAGAGUUCAAAGUUGUAGCCGAUGCCAUGAAAGUAAUCGGAUUCAAACCUGAGGAGAUUCAAACAGUGUAUAAAAUUUUGGCUGCUAUUCUUCACUUGGGGAAUUUAAAAUUUAUAGUAGAUGGUGACACGCCACUCAUUGAGAAUGGCAAGGUUGUGUCUGUCAUAGCAGACUUGCUUUCUACUAAGACAGACAUAGUGGAGAAAACCCUUCUUUCCAGGACAGUGGCCACAGGCCGAGACGUCAUCGACAAACAGCACACGGAACAGGAAGCUAGCUACGGCAGAGAUGCCUUUGCCAAGGCAAUAUAUGAGCGCCUUUUUUGUUGGAUUGUUAGUCGCAUCAAUGACAUUAUUGAGGUCAAGAACUAUGACACCACAAUCCACGGGAAAAACACUGUUAUUGGUGUCUUGGAUAUCUAUGGCUUUGAAAUCUUUGACAAUAACAGCUUUGAACAAUUCUGCAUUAACUACUGCAAUGAGAAACUGCAGCAGCUGUUUAUUCAGCUGGUUCUGAAGCAGGAGCAAGAAGAGUACCAGCGGGAAGGCAUCCCUUGGAAACACAUUGAUUACUUCAACAACCAGAUCAUUGUGGACCUCGUGGAGCAGCAGCACAAAGGCAUCAUUGCAAUCCUGGAUGACGCUUGUAUGAAUGUUGGCAAAGUCACCGACGGAAUGUUCCUUGAGGCUCUGAACAAUAAAUUGGGCAAACAUGGCCAUUUUUCCAGCCGAAAGACCUGUGCCUCAGAUAAAAUUCUGGAGUUUGAUCGGGACUUUCGAAUCCGGCAUUAUGCAGGUGAUGUGGUCUAUUCUGCCAUUGGAUUUAUUGACAAAAAUAAAGAUACUUUGUUUCAAGAUUUCAAACGUCUCAUGUAUAACAGUUCAAAUCCUGUGCUGAAGAAUAUGUGGCCUGAAGGCAAACUGAGCAUUACAGAAGUGACCAAGCGACCUCUGACCGCUGCCACCUUGUUUAAGAAUUCUAUGAUUGCUUUAGUAGACAACCUUGCUUCAAAGGAGCCAUACUAUGUACGUUGCAUCAAACCCAAUGACAAGAAGUCCCCACAGAUAUUUGAUGAUGAGCGCUGUCGCCAUCAGGUGGAAUACCUUGGACUACUGGAGAACGUGAGAGUGCGCCGGGCAGGGUUUGCCUUCCGCCAGACCUAUGAGAAGUUUCUUCACAGGUACAAGAUGAUCUCUGAAUUCACCUGGCCUAACCAUGACCUUCCUUCAGACAAAGAGGCUGUCAAAAAACUCAUAGAACAAUGUGGUUUUCAGGAUGAUGUAGCUUAUGGGAAGACCAAAAUUUUCAUUCGAACACCCCGUACAUUGUUCACCUUGGAAGAACUCCGUGCCCGGAUGCUUGUGAGGAUUGUCCUCUUCCUACAAAAGGUGUGGCGUGGCACCCUGGCCCGAAUGCGGUACAAGAGGACCAAGGCAGCUCUGACAAUAAUUAGGUACUAUAGGCGCUAUAAAGUGAAAUCGUACAUCCACGAGGUAGCCAGACGUUUCCACGGUGUCAAGAACAUGAGAGACUACGGGAAGCAUGUGAAGUGGCCAACCCCACCAAAAGUCCUGCGCCGUUUCGAGGAGGCUCUGCAGUCAAUUUUUAAUAGAUGGAGAGCAUCCCAACUCAUCAAGACCAUACCUGCUUCAGACCUUCCCCAGGUCAGAGCAAAGGUUGCAGCCAUGGAAAUGUUGAAAGGUCAAAGGGCAGACCUUGGGCUCCAGAGAGCUUGGGAAGGCAACUAUCUUGCCUCGAAGCCAGAUACACCCCAGACCUCAGGCACUUUCGUGCCAGUUGCUAAUGAACUGAAACGCAAAGACAAAUAUAUGAACAUCCUCUUUUCCUGUCACGUCCGAAAGGUGAAUCGAUUUAGUAAGGUAGAAGACCGAGCAAUUUUUGUCACUGACCGUCACCUGUAUAAAAUGGACCCCACAAAGCAGUACAAAGUGAUGAAGACUAUCCCUCUCUACAACGUAAGUGUGUGUCAAAUAUAAGACUCCUGUUUUGUA